AUGUCGCUCAACACGUCGCACACCCCCGAUGGACAGGGAAUUCUCAUUUACAACGGAGAAAUGUGCGUUUUGUGGUAUCAUUGGGUUGAAAAAUCGUGAUUUUUGUUCAGGAUUCUUCUCUACACGACAAAUGUGAAACUGAACUUCGAAAAGUACGGAAUUCCAGCUUUCAAAUCGACGAAGUCUGGAUCGCUCUACCUGACCUCCCACAGAGUAAGCACGCCUUCAGCUAGCUCCAUUUCCAAGGACAAUUUCAGAUUAUCUUCAUGAAUGAGAGCAAAAAAGACGAGUUCAAGUCUUUCGCGAUGCCCUUCCACUCGGUGAGAGAUGUGAAACUCGAACAGCCGCUUCUCACUCCAAAUUACCUCAAGGUCGGUUGUUGCGCCAUCAGAUGUGUGGCGUGGUGAAUGAAUUUGGUUAUUUUCAGGGUUGGGUCACUCCGAUGCCGGGAGGCAACUUCGACGGAUGUCCGGAAUGGAGACUUUCCUUCCCGAAGGGAGGAUGCAUCGAGUUUGGAGAAGCUCUCCUGCGCGCUGCCGACAUGGGUCAGAUGUCGGAGUUAUCACAAAACUUACUAUCGAUUGAUUUUCAGCUUCUCGUUCGCGUCCGUUUGCUGCCCCGCCAGCAUAUGCUACUGGAAACAUGCAACAACAGUCGACCACUACUUACUACGCGGCUCCACCAACCUAUUACUUGGUCCAGGGCCAAUACCAAGGAUUCCAAGCCCCAACUAACGUGUUCCCGGAGCGCCCGCCAGGUACUCGACAUUUGAAGACAGAUGGAAUUUACUAUUUACAUUAUUUCAGCUCAAAACGUGUACGUCUAUGACAUGCCGCCGCCGUAUCCGGGAAUCGGACAGACUACUCCAUACCCAGCGGGACAAUUUCAGCCAGUGGGAACCGUUCAAUAUCAGAAUGUGCAAGCGUACCCGGUUCAACAGCAGUUGCCGGGUCAGCCGCAGUACCCACAACAACAACCUCCGCAGGCUGGCUUCAACAUUGGACAGGGAGCUGCUCCACAAGCCGGACUUCCACAAUAUCAGGCGUAUCAACAGCAGCAGCCACAGCAGAGCGCCCAGCCGCCGGCGUACAGCGCUUACCAACAGGCGCCGCCACUUCCGGCCAAGAAUGGACCAUUGUAA